UUAUCCUCCGUCUGUCUGUAGCUGUGUGACCUUCCGUCUCUACCAUGUCUCGCUCAACAUGCCAGGCCCGGAGGGGCUUCGGCGCUCGCUCUGCCUGUUCUGCACCCCCAGGGGGCCGUGGCAGCCGGAGCAGCUUCAGCAGCAGAAGCCUCAUUUCCUUUGGGGGGUGCAGAGGAUCCUCUCGUGGGAGGGCUUGGGGAUCAGGGAGAGGACCACGGGUAUGGUUUGGGGAGGGCCGUGGUGGGCCCGGGCUUUCCUUGUGCCCUCCGGGGGGCAUCCAAGAAGUGACCAUUGACAGAAGUUUGCUGACCCCACUGAAGAUGGAGAUUGACCCCGAGUUCCAGGUGGUGAGGACUCAGGAGACCCAAGAGAUCAGAACCCUCAACAACCAGUUUGCUUCCUUCAUUGACAAGGUGCGCUUCCUGGAGCAGCAGAACAAGGUCCUGGAGACCAAGUGGGAGCUGCUGCAGCGGCUGGGCAUGAGUGACAGCCCCCCGGACCUGGAGUCUUUCUUUGAGGGCUACCUGGCCCGGCUCCGGUGGCAACUGGAACAGCUCCAGAGCGAGCGAAGGGCUGUGGACGCCGAGCUGAAGUCCUGCCAGGACCAGGAGGAGGAGUAUAAGGCCAAGUAUGAGGAAGAGUCCCGCAAGCAUGCCACGGCUGAGAAUGACUUUGUGGUCCUAAAAAAGGAUGUGGAUGGAGUUUUCCUGAGCAAGAUGGAGCUGGAAGGCAAGCUGGCAUCUCUCCGAGAGUACCUCUGUUUCUUGAGGCAACUCAAUGAAGAAGAACUGGGCCAGCUCCAGACCCAGGCCAGUGACGUGUCUGUGGUGCUGUCCAUGGACAACAACCGAGGCUUGGACUUCAGUGACAUCAUUGCGGAGGUCCGCGCCCGGUACGAGGAGAUUGCCCAGAGCAGCAAAGCUGAGGUGGAGAUGCUGUACCAGACCAAGUACCAGGAGCUUCAGGCGUCUGCCCGGCUUCAUGGGGACAGCAUGAAGGAAACCAAAGUCCAGAUCUCUCAGCUGCAGCAGGCGAGUCAGAGGCUGCAAAGUCAGAUCGAGAACCUCAAGAAGCAGAAUGCCGACCUGCAGGCCACCAUUGCCGAUGCCGAGCAGCGUGGGGAGCUGGCCCUCAAGGAUGCUCAGUCCAAACUGGAUGAGCUGGAGGCCGCCCUGACAGCAGCCAAGCAGGACCUGGCCCGGAUGCUGCGCGACUACCAGGAGCUCAUGAGUACGAAGCUGGCCCUGGACGUGGAGAUCGCCACCUACCGCAGGCUCCUGGAGGUUGAGGAGAGCAGGAUGUCUGGGAGGUGCACCAGUCAGGUCACUAUCUCUGUGGGCGGAGGCAGCGUCGUGUCUGGAGGAGCGGGCAGUGGCCUGGGGGCCACUUGUGGACUUGCAGACGGGAAAGGCAGCUUUGGGUCCAGCUGCUCCAGCAUCGUGACCGGAGGCUCCAAUGUCAUCCUGGGCUCUGGGCAGGGUCCUGUUUGCGGCUCCUGCUCUGUAUCGUGCUCUAGCUCUGGCUCUAGCUCCGGCGGCCACACCAUCCUGAAGAAGACAGUGGAGUCAAGUCUGAAGACGUCUGUCACUUACUGA